GCUCGCCCUGCUGCGCUGCAAAGCCUUCUUCCAAGUCUCCUGCGCUUCGACUUGGCAGUGUGGCCAACAAAGUCAGCCGGCCGAACCAGCGCAGCCAGCUGAGGCAGGGCAGAGCUUGGGCAGCAGCAGCGGCACUAUUGCAGUCUCCGAUGCGCACAUUGCUGCCAACCGCUUUGAGCAAGCCGUGGUGGCACAGGGCGUGUCCAUUGCUCCUGGCAUCCUUCGCCUUGGACCUGACGAUGUUUUGGCCCAUUUCUCGUCCUUGCAGUCUGCGCCACAGUUCUUCCAGGAAGAGUACAACACUGGCGAGCGAUUUACUUGGUGCUUCGCUGGCUUCGACUGCUUGAGGUCCAGCUUUUACCCUGAAGGCUUUGUGCUCCUGGAGGAAGACAUCCAGCUGGAGGCUGAAGAUGUUCUGGCACUGAUUCCUCCUCGUGCCCAUGUCCCGCAGCAGCUUUCGUUGAGCUGCUGCGUGCGCGAGCUUCUGGAGCAGUUCCAACUCGAGCACAAGCAUGCUGGCGAGCAGAAGCUGUUCCAUAACCUCAUGCACCCCUUCACGCUCCAUUCUCUGGCUCGUGGGAACAGCUUGAAGGUGUUUGUGACUUGGACUUGGAAGGCAGACUGUUUCAGAGUCUUUGAGCCCAAGACUCCGCAGUCCAGCAGUCCUUUGCAGCAUUUGUGUGGUGUGCGCUUGGGAGUUCAGCACACGAUGCUGCUGCGAACGGAGGAGCUGCAAGUCAUUCGGCACCUGGACAAUGGCGUGCAGCAGUUUGUCUGCCAGCUGCCAGGGGAGCGUCCCCCUCACACCCAGAGCCUCUGGGUUUCAGCGGACGGCUACUUCUAUGCGCUCUACAUCACCCCAGCAGACGCAGAAGUCCUCAAAGGCAACUUCAACGACAACUUCGAGAACUUCGACAUGACGUCCAAGAGGGAGGUGCCAUGCAUGUGGACGGGCAUGAACGAAGACGACUUCGGGUUCUUCCUCAACGGGUUCCGGUUUGUGGCAGCCAUUUCGCACAAGCGCCGCCCGCUGGUUUUGAAGCUGGAGCGUCGCCAGGAUGCUCAAUGGAAGCCGUUCGAGCUCCAUUUGGCCCGCUGCUGUGCUUGGCCCUCCGGCGCUGAUGAUGCCCUGAAGACUGGCCGCUCCAGGGUUCCUGAGGGUGCCAGCGCUGCCGCUGGCUUUGCUGCUGGGCCUCUCGACUUCUUCGUCUUCAUUUGCUGGCGAGCUGCUCUGCUGGAGGACCUCUGGGGUCUGGUUGCCAUCAAGUUGCAGGCCUACGCAGGGCAGGCAGGGGCAAGGCAGAGUCCACAGUCCACAGUCCACAUUUCGAGCACCAAUAACAGGCUGGAGACUUGGAGUGCAGGAGACAUGCUGCAAGGUGGUCGGGUGUCGAGUCAUGCUGAACAGUGCAAAGGAACAGAUUGCAGUGGCAUUGAGGCGCCUGUGCAUGCCCUCCUGGGAUUAGGCUUGCCGCAUCAGCACAUGUGGUCCUCUGAGGCAGCUGAGGUGAGGCCAUCCUGUUUUGUACUAGAGAAUGUGAUGGGCAUUCGUCGUGUGGCAGCGCAAGUGCAACAUCAUUUGGUCAGCAGUGGGCUGUACACCGUGAUCCCUGUCGAAAUGGACCCUGCAGACUUAGGAGAGCCUGUGCGGAGGCCUCGGCUCUAUUUCUUGGGUGUUCGCAAAGAUGUUGCAUUGGCAGAGUCAGCUGUGCUGACGAGAAUUGUUGAAUGUGCUUGGCAUUUUGUGAAACAACAGUCCUCAGUCCACAGUCCAAAGUCCAACGCGUUGCUGCGCCGACUCUUGCCUGCCUCCCAUCCAGCUGUAGAACAGCAUCAGAAGCUCCGGAAAGAAAGAUGGCUACAGGCCAAGAAAGCUGGAUUUCCUGCUGGCAAAGAGCAUGCUAGGUGGCAGGCCGUGCAUGACAAGGUUCGAGCAGCAGAGCCCAUGCUAUCAGUGAAAUGUUCUGCAGACGACCUGUUUUUGCAUUUGCCCCGGUUGCGGGAUGCAUGGAGCAUUCUCAGUGCCAAGCAUCGUGGUUGCCUGGCAGCAGAUCUAUCGCAGUCAGUGUCUAGAGCUGGUGUUCGAACAGAUGGCCGCCUUCCUACCAUCACUCCCGGGAGCAUCUUGGCUGUUGCUGAUGCUGGUCGGGUGGUGAUCCCUUUGGAAAAGAUUUUGCUCCAUGGAUUUCCCAUCCACAGAAUGAGAAUACCACCUGGCAUCACGGAGAGACAGCUGGAGAGCAUGGGUGGGAACACGAUGCAUGUUCAUGUUGUGGGGGCGGCGAUUCUGUUGGCCCUUGGGUUGGUUGAUUGGAGCUUGCCUGCUGCAAACAUCCCUUGCCCUCCAUCGACAGUGUGGCGUCCAAGCUCUGCACUUCAGGGUCCGAAGUCCAAAGUCCACAGCCCAGCAAAGCGCCAGAGAAAGAACAAGAUUCAGACAAGAUCCAGGAAGGUCCAGGUUUGCAAGAAGGGAAGUGGAGAUCUGACAGCAAAAGCAGCAGAUAGACUGAAAGCCCGCUGGAGCUUACAUGCCAGAGCUCGAAAGAAACAGUCCAAACGAAUCUGUGGCCCACAAAAGGUUUGGUCUAGCUCCAAGCUCUUCUUCCACGAAAAGAAAGAAGCCUGGCAGCACCCAGCCUUCAAAGAAAAGGCAGAAGGUAGAGCACAGCUUGGAAGCCGGCUGGCCACGAAGUGGGGUGCUUAUGAGGUUCGAUCCUUAAUCUUGCUGGUGAUGAUUGCCUUGAGGAAAGUGAUGCAGGCCUGCUGCCUGCAGCAGCAUGCACGUUGCACUGUCCACCGGGUUGCCGCAGAGUUCUACCUGGCUCCUGAGAAGCCCCUUGUCCAAUGCUUGCCUUAUUUGGCUGCAGAUCAAAGCCUUUUCAAAGGCAAUGUACCCCAGCCGCUUGAUUGGCUUCGAGCUUGGCGCGCCUGUAGAACCCCUUCGAGUUUUCAGGGUGCAUUGCAAUACUUUGAAACCGAAGACUUUGCUGCUGGCCAUCGAUGUGGUCUGCGGAAGGGCAGCUUAGAGCAGAUGAUCCUGGUCAUGCACUGGGCUGUCAAGUCCAUUCGAAUGAAGCGGCUUUCCGAAGCCAAUAGCAUCAGCUUGUCAGUUGAUGACCGGAAGGACUACAGGCUUUUGCGGUACCGGUGCAAUCUUCCAUGCCCAGCAUCCAAAGUUCAAAGUCCGCAGUCCACAGGCCAGGAUGUGCCGGAGAAUACCCUGGAGGCUCACGAUGCAGACACGAGCAUUGCAAUGGCAAAAACUGUGCAUGAGCUCAUCAGAAGGGCAUGCAUGGACCCUGAUGGACAGCUGGACCAAGUAGCUUUGGACCUCAUCAAAAGCAACAUCAGGCACUUUGCCUCUGACCAAGGCCCAAGCGUCAGCAAAUGCGGGAAGGUUUUGGCUUCUGAUGGUCAACUUGGCUCGCUGGUGUACUGUAGUUUUGAUGCUGCGCACCAAGUGCGAAUCGGCUGUAAAGACCCUUUGCAAGCACUUCCAGGCUUCGAAGCACAGUGGAAGGCACUUUUUGGUGGGAAAGAGGCAUUGCUGCCCUCCAUUCAGAAUUCAGAUGUGUGGACUGCAAGGUUGCUUGCUGCCCAGCAGAAAGUUUUGGAGAUGUAUGGGCGGCAGGGUGUGCUGGAGAAGACGCUCAAGACGUUUUCCUUCGCGCCUCAGCGCUUUGACUCCGCUGCGUCGCCGUUGCUGAAAUAUUGUUGCCUCAUCAGGGCAAUUGCUGUACUUUGUGGCAUGCAAGCAGCUGACGUUCGCAAUAGCCGAGAUGUGCGGAGACGUGCUGAAGAGGCAUUGCAGAAGAUGGUCCCUUCGCAACUGAUGCGUGCUGCAGUCACAUGCGAUUAUUCCUCGGAGUGCCUAGCUUUUUUGAGAUCGAACUUCGACAUUGACAACCCAGACCCUGCUGGCAUCUUCCAGGCGUUCAAAGAUUUUCACAGUCGCAUGACCGCAUUGUUUGUGGAGGGCUUCAUUCUUGGAGAUGCCGCAGCAGUCCACAGUCCAUGGAUCUACUAUGGUGAUCGAGUUCACUAUCUUUGCACUUCUGCGUCGGUUGCAGACAUCAGAGUGGUGAUGGGCGACAUUGCCCAUGUCGUGCAAGCUAUGCUAAAGCGUUUGCGGGCUGACCUUCUGCAAGAUGAUGUGGCAGUGGCCUUGCACGCCUUUGAUUUGCUGGCCUGGGAAUCUUCGAACAACCAUGUGCACCUGCACACCCGCUUGAAGCAGCUUUGCAAGAUGCUUCGAAUUGAUUCUCACCAUGUAGUGCCUGCACUUGCUGCAGGUGCCCAAGUUCUUCUGCCUCUCACGUCCCGGGCGAGACAGCUGAGAUUCCCUGUUGAAAACAGGGCUUGCUGGUCAUGGCUCUUGCAUCCAAGCUGGCGAGCCAAGUAUGCUGCAAAGUUGCAGUGGACACAAGACUGCUCAUUCCUUGUCCAGUUCUACCUCUCUCUGAAAAUGAACACAACCACAUUGGAAAGAGACUUGGGGCAACUUUUGCUGCACUUGGAUGCUCACAGCGGCCCGCUGUCUUCCACUGGAUCUACUAUGGCUUCCAUCAUGGAGGUCAACAUUGAGGGGCCUCAGUCCGAAGAGGGCUUCUUCAGGCCAAACCCAGAUGGCGGGCCUUUGGAGCCAACAGAUUUUGGUCGACUGGCUGGAGCUUCCUUUGCCGAAGCCUUCUACUUUGCAGGGCACACGGUGGGCUUCGUCUUCAAACUCGGCCGACAUCUGGCAGAAGGUCAGAAUAGGAGAUGUGGGCGCAAUCCGUAUGUUGCAACCAAGCCUCUGUUGGGCGGCCUCCGUGCCGAGACCAAGCCUGCACAGGACAAGUUGGUCAGAUGCAUUCGGGCCCGCCAGCAGUUGAAGAUUUGCCAGACUUUUCUGCGCUAUGCAAACAGUCCGGUAUUGAUGGCAAAGCCAAACUUUGUCCUGGUUCCAGUUUAUGAUUGCGCAGAAGCAGAUGUUAUAGUCUUGGAGAAGCUGGCAGAUAUCGACCUUGCUGCGGGCAACCCACAUUUGGCGACAGCCUUGCUGUGCGUCUUUGGCUUUGGCAAGGUGUUGGCGUCCAAAGCAGACAUGGCAGCCUUCAUGGCAGCUCCAAGUCUUGAAAUCGAGGAUAAGUUCUUCACGCAUUCCGUGGGAGCUUCACGCAUGGAGCUACCAGGUAGGGAUGAGACAACACGAACAUUGGCCAGUCUGUUGGCAUGCAAGUCCAUCUACAAGCUCCCAUAUGGAGAGCAGCUUGGCUUCGUUGUUGCAGCGUGCUAUGUCAGAGAUGUGAGGCUGGCAAAGUACUUCUUGAAAGUUGCCAAGAAAGCCUCAAGCACUUUGAGUUUGACAGAGGCUGUGGUUGGCUUCUUCAAAGACACGCAAGGAGUUGGAAAUCGCAAAGCUUUUCUGCCACCGAAGCAGGCAACUGUCCGGUCUUUGCGUAAGCACCAGUCCAAAGUCCGCAGUCCAAAACUCAAGCGCACCCUGAAGAAGGUACGUAUCCUGCCCAAUACAGACAUAGCUGGGCUGACCUUGCCGCGGAUGUUGGAAUUUGUGGGCCAAUUUAUUGAUGGAUCUGUUCUGCCGAUGAUCAUCCACCAUGGCGGAACAUGGAAGGUCGAUCCCGACCAGCAGGGAGAUGCGGGCAGUUCAACAGCGUUUCGAGGGAUUGGAAGCAUCAAGAUGGUGGCUCGGAAGCUCAUGCCUGUCCACAUCGCAGAGCACCUGAAGGCGCUGGAUCACCUUGCUGAUCUGGAAAAGGUGGAUCAGGAAGUUUGGAACGGCUCCAAUGCCAACAAGUUCCAAGUAUGGUCUGGGCUCCGUGUGGACGAAGCAACUGUUUUAGUGCGUGACCAUUUGCAGGAGCUUUCCGAUGCAACAGGUUGGAAGAAGGUGGCCGGCCUCGUGGAUGAAGUUGAUGAGUCUGUAGUUAUCAUAGGCAGCUGCAAAGCUGUGCAAUGCUUACGGAACUUCUGCUUCCAUGAGGGCAAGAGCCGCUUGGCAGGCAAUUGGGUUGGAGAUGCUUUGCCCGAGCUGAAGACGGACCUGCAGGUCCAGUGCCUCUGGCCGAGCAUGCGUCCAUUGGCACAGGCUUGCAUGCUGCAGCAAGAGAGCGAGUCAAUUGAGGAGGAAGUUGGACGGGAUGGCCCUCAUUCUCACAUUGGGCUGCGGAUGUUCUAUGACUCUCCUUUGUCGGCAGUUGCCGCCUCUCGCAAGACAGCGGUCCGUGUCUUGGGUGGCACAUUGUCUGACACUGACCGUCCUGCCAAGAAGUUGCUGAAAGCCAGCGGGCACGAGGCCAUGGAGGAGGCGCUUCUGACCCCAAACUAUGCAGUGUUCAAGUUGGAGACCACCUGCAACAUCGCAGCAGCAUUGUCGGAUGGCAAGUUGAGCUUCGAUGCCCGCCUGAAGACCUACAAGCUGGAUCUCCCCAUGCCUUGCACGCUCUUGCCGAAGCUGCUGAAGGAUUUUGAUCAUUGCAGCGAGCCUGCUCCUGAGCCAAGCACUGCCCCCCAUGAGAAGCAUGAGGUCAAGAACUUCAACUUCACAUACUACGUGGCGAUCAACGACCUCGGCAACCCUGGCUGUUUGCCUGAAGCAGAUCCAGCUCCAAUUUGCUACAUUCUCAACCGAAACGAUGUUGGCCCAGUGAGCUUCUUUGACCCGUUUUCAGACCCAUGCUUCCCACUCUGUGCAUCCAGUAUGACAUCAAUGGUUUUGGGCUUCUUUGCUUACAGAUUGCCUGUGACCACAUUGGUAAAGAUCCAAGCCCGUGGCUUGAUUGGCGGCAGAGCCCCAUACGAUCAUGUCAUGGGGGGCUUUUGGAAGUUGCCAGCAUUGUCUGUGGCCGAUCUGCUCAAGGAUGGUGAAAUCCAAAUGUCUUUUGCGCCUUACGAAAUGUCUUUGACCCAGACAGGGCCCUGGAAGACUGCCACCGAGCUUUGCGGGGAAGCAUCUGCAAGUUGCUUGCGGAAGCGGAAGGCUGAGUGUUUGACAGAGAUUGCUGAGAUGCGCAACCAGCUGGCUUUCAAGCAGUCUGAGCUGGAGGGCAUCACGCAGAAGCUGAAGCAAGGCCCAGUGCUUGAAAGUCAUGGCAGAUCUGAUACCGUGGGCGUCCGAAGCGAACUGCCAAAGGCUUUCCCUAAAGCCAAGAGCAUGCACAAGUGCCAACCUCUCAGCAUUCAAGCAGAUGCCAAGACCAAUGAUCUUACUGGCUUCAAGGCUGGCUCUUGGUCAACCGCAGAAUGCGAAGCUGCCUUGACAACCACUGGGGUUUACGAAGCGCCAGGGCUAGCGCUUUGGCUUCGCACCAAUGCUUUGGGAGUUGGCCCCGAUGCGGAGGAAGAGGAUGUGAACUGGCAAUCGCUCAAGCAGUUUGAGGCAGCAUUUUUUUCCAAGAGUGGCAGCUUCAAGACAGGCGUCACCCGCUCAACUGCAGGUGGGAAGAAGCAAAAGAUCGAGAAAAGCCGCAUGUUUUGGCCCUGCGUGAUGGUGUGCGGGAUUGAGACAGCAAAGCAUGCCCUCCACGAUCACUUCGAUGCAGCGCUUCCGCUUCUGGGGAGUGGUCAAUUUGUUCUGUGGGCCUGGUUCCUUGCCUUGUUCCGAGCACUGCAAGCAGCUGAUAAGGAGUGGUUAGAGAUGCUUUGGGAAUGCGGCCUUUCCGUCACAGUGCAAGUUCGUAUUUGCACCUCCCCCAAAGAAUUGGCCCUUGCGCGCCACAACCAGAGUGAAGCCAUCAAAUCCUUGGGGCAUGCAAGCAUGAGUGAUAGCUUUUCUGCAUUCAGCAUCCUGAUUUGCAAGCUUGGGAUCACAUCCCAGAAGGCUGGAGAAGACUUAGGACUCCACUUCAACGGGACCUUGUACAAUGCUGCCAUGCACAAGGCGGCCGUCUCCUUGGCUUCUGUGCUUCGAUCCCCUGGUGGCAUUGUGGAGAAAGCGCUGAGGAAAUUAGAGCUCGAAUUUGGAAGAGACAUUUUGUCGAAUGAAUAUUCAAAGCUGUCAAAGCUCAUUUCAGUUGCCAAGGCAACUGCUUCCAGCAGAAUGACUACACCAGAGAUGGUGGCUUGGAUGAUUGAGAUGCUCACUUUGGCUUUCCGUUCGAAGAUCCGCAUGCCCUCAAGAGCAACAGAUCAGUGGCUGGACAAGGAUCGCAAAACCGGGGCUCUCGGCUUUUGGCCGGUCACUCAGGUCAUCUUGCAGGUGUUUGACUAUGCCCAAAAGCUCAUCGACAGCUUGCCAGAGCCAGAGGUUACAAAGUGCAAAGCCAUUUUGAGCGAUCUACUCUGCCCACAGACCUGCUGGGAGAAAUACGUUUAUCAGGAGCAGCAAGAUGCUCCACUUGGAGAAGAUGAUUGUGAAGGCAGCUGCGUAGCUGACAUUCCCUCAGGCCCCCUGGCGGAAGCGAAGCAAAACUUCAACCGAGCAACUGGUUUGCUGCUGGACCUUUUGCUGAAAGUAGCUCUUGGGAGAGAUUUCUUUUCUGAGUGUCAGGAGAUUGCAGCCACGCCAGGAGGCUUGUCAAAAGCAAUGCAAUCAGCAGAAGAGCAAGCUUGCAGUCUGCAGUCCACAGUCCAAGUUCCACGGCUGCUCAAAGAAUUGCGAAGCAUCACGGUUCAAUUUGACGGUCAGUCGAAGAGCGUGUCCGUGUCUGCAGCUGCCCCUCCUCCCAGUUUGCUUAUGCACUUGAGCCGAGAUGGGGCGGCGGCAGAGUCUGAAGCUGAGCGUGAAACUACAUGGAAGAAGGUGCAGGCUGAGCGCAGAAAGUUUGUGACUUUCAGCUACCCACGGACAUGGGCAAAAGACCACAUCCUCAAUGCUUUUCGCUCUUCGGGGAAAGUUUUCAGUUAUACUGGCGAGCUGAAUAGCGCCCACAGAUUGUUUGUUGCGUCAGCCGACCUCCUGCACGAAGAGGGUGAUGAGCCGUGGAAUGCACCAUGCCCUCCAGCAGCCAGCAUGUGGAAGGAAAUCACCUCAUUCAUCACCAGCGCCAGCGGCCCAGCAGAUUUUGCGAUGCUUUUCGAUGGCCGCAUGCGGGAGAUCCGCCGACAGAACGAAGAUAGCAUUCUGACUCAGAAUCAUUCUGGAGAAGGUCACGUGGUUUUUGCUGGUGGAUGCCCGCCGCGUGCAGGCAGAUCGCGCAAGGUGCCCUUGUCAGCCAAGAAAGUCGAAUCCAUUGCAAUCCUGUGCCCAGUCAGCAGGAGCAAGAUCAAGGCGAACAAGAAGGAGCAGUUCACUGCUUGCGGCGAAGAAAGCACCUACCAAGGGACCUAUUCUGGACCAGUGCCACCAGAUGACUGGGCCGAGCGCAACGGCAGUGACAUUCCAUUGUUUUGGAGCGAGUCCAAGCCGAUCGCAUUGUGGGCUGCAGUGAUUGAUGAUUGGAAAGUGGCCACCAUCUUCGAUUGCAGCCCAGGGAGCGGAGCAUUGAUGGAAGCUGCAAUGACACGCGGCCUGAACAAGGAACACCUUCAAUGGCUGCAAGCCGUCGCCGACAGAGCGGCAUGUGGUUUGAUGGCUUUGGAAGGGUCACCGCUGUUCAGUGAAGAGAAUUCCAUUGUCAAGAAGCACUUUCCUGAUGUGAUUGCUGGGCUUGCUGGCGGUCGAGACGACGAGGAAGAUGAGCCGAUGGAGCCUGCCAGUGAGAAUGAAGGCUGCAGCUAG